GAUGACUACCGCCUCUUGCUCAAUGAAGUUUGGCUGGAAGCGGAAACUCAAUCAAUCUUUGGUUUCUGGAGUUGCAUUUCAAGGUGAUGCUCGCGAUGAAAAUGCGCUCGAUUUAUCCGAAAGCGUUCCUUGGCUGGAGGCAGCGAAACGAAGGAAAAUGCACCUUUUGGAAGACUGUGAAGCGAAGAGUAAUCGCUUGAAGGAAGAAGGAAACGUAUUAGCAGAGGAAGAAAGAUAUUGGGAAGCAAUCAAGAGAUGGGAUGAAGCUAUACAGUUGACUCCUGGUAAUGCUAUUCUGCACGAACUGAAGUCUCAGGCAUUGCUCAUUCUCAAUGAACUAUAUCCUGCAGUUCAAGCUGCUCAGAGAACUGUUGACUUGGAUCCACAGUGGGGAGUAGCAUAUCAGACAUUAGGAAGAGCCCAACUCGGAUUGGGUGAAAUUCGAAUGGCUAUACGUAGCUUCGAGAGGGCAGUACACUUAGACCCACUAAACACCGAGGUAUGGGAAGAGGAUCUACCAUGGGCUAGAGACCUGUUACAGAAGAAAACAGAAUUAGAAAAAAGGAAACAGGAAGGCGAGGCGACUCAAAAAUGCGAAUACAGUGGGCACCUAAUUGUUCCCCCCUCAUCUGUUGAGCACCACAAACCGUGAGAUCAAUCAGUGGCACGUUGAUGCCAAU